AAAAUAUUCAAUAGUUUUGUAUUUUAAGAGAUGAACGGAUUCUUCCAAGGAGGAACACCAAGGUGGUUGCCUGUUGGUUUUCAAGUUCCACAACAAAUGAUGACCAAUCAACAACAAUUUGUUAAUCAAGCAACAAUGGUUUAUUAUCGAUAUGAUAAGGAUAGAAAUGGAGUUUUGAAGAAGAAGGAAUUCAAGAAGGCUAUGCAAGAAAUGGGAGCUCAUAAAGGUGAAACUAAGCAUCUCUUCAAAAUGGUUGAUACUGAUCACAAUAAGGUCAUCACUCUUAAUGAAUUUAUUAAUGCAUUCUUAUUCUUACAAAGUGGAGGUAUGAGAUAUAAAGGAACUGGAUAUAGCGGAGCUUAUGGAACUUUGGGAUCAACAACCACAACCGUAACUUAUACUGGAAAACCAGUGAUGCAAUCAGGAAUGCAACCUCAAACAGGUUAUGGUAUGCCUCAAACAAUGGCGGGCCAAUAUCCACCAUCUCAACAAUACCCUCCUCAACAAGGCUAUCCACAACAAGGAAUGACUAGCACUACCAUGACAAUGAAUGGUCACCAAUAUCCACCUCAAUAUCCACCUCAAUAUCCACCACAACAAGGAAUGCAACCAGGUAUGAAUCCUCCAAGUUAUCCACCACAACAAGGAAUGCAACAACCUGGAAUGUAUAAUCCUCAAACAAGUCAAUAUCCGCCUCAAUCUGGAAUGCAACCACAACAAGGAAUGUACGUUCCACAAACUGGUCAAUAUCCUCCACAACAACAAGGAAUGCAACCAGGUAUGAAUCCUCCAAGUUAUCCACAACAAGGAAUGUAUACCCCUCAACAAGGAAUGCAACCACAACAAGGCAUGUAUAAUCCACAAUCUGGCCAAUACCCACCACAACAACAAGGAAUGCCUCAACCUGGAAUGCAACCACAACAACAAGGAAUGCAAUAUCCACAACAAGGCAUGUACACUCCUCAAACUGGCCAAUACCCACCACAACAACAAGGACAACAAGGAAUGCAAUAUCCACCUCAAUAUCCACCAUCUCAACAAUAA